ACGUUGUGGGGUUUCUUGCUUUCUUGCUCAACAUGGCCAGAUCGUUUGCGGACCGGAGUGGAACCGUGCCCACGUUAUUACACGUAUAUUAUGUGCAGUCCUUGCUCUGUUACCAACAUAUCAAGGACGGUUGAGGAGAGCGAGAGAUCAGAGAUCGCUUCCAUACUGCCGAGUUGCUUUUCCAAUUAAUUUCUCUCUACUUUGUGGAUCCUUACUACAAGUAACGAUAAGUUGAGGUGAUGUGAACUAAGAACCCUUCCAAAGUCUCGGAUCGUUACGACGUGAGUGGCUGUAAGAAUGAGUAGUGGUGCGUGCAGAGUUUGCGGCAGUACUUCUUUCGAAGAAGAUGAGGGUUUCUCAUUUUGUCAAGAAUGUGGAACUCAAGUCGAGCUGGUACAGAGGGAGGAGGCCACCGAUGAUAUGAUCAUGGGCGGUGGCCGCUGGGCAUCCGAAAGACGUUCUCGGGCCGGCCACAGUGACGCGUCCCAAAUGCUUACAUUAGGCGGCGCGUCGCAGGAGUUGGUUACGGCAACUCCGACGCGGACGUCGAAGCGUUUCAGUGCGCGCCGCACGGCACAGCUGGAGGACAUGCAGAUGCUGCGAGCAGGCCACCUGAUGAGAACCACUGGGUCAGAUGAUAGCUGGGAUCUUAACGCGCUGCUGCUGUAUGCGGACAGCCAUGUCGGUGACGAUGCCGUGGCGGACGCCGACAAUGAUUCAAGAAUCCCUACGGAGUCCGAUACGGACGACUCGGGCGAUGAAACUUGCACUGCGGGAAAAUCAUCCACUUCUUCCGCUAGUGCUGCUGCCACUACUGCUUCUACUAGUACUAGUAGCAAAGACGGAGAGACACCGCAGAAGGCAGCUGAACCGAAGAGAACAUGGACGUUGGUGGAAAGUUUGCAGGUGGUCCUCCAGGCUCAAGUGGAUGCUUUGGUUUGCGCCGGCUUUCCUACUGAGCUAGAGGACGUUGUUGGGCAGCUGUGGUUCUUAUACCUUCGCUAUGCUGGCCUCGCCUUCACCGACAAUCCAGCAGAGGAGGAAGCAGCCCACGCUGCCUUCCAGCAGGAGGGCGUCAAACGUAGAAAGCGGUUCAAGAAGGCCGUUCGUACACCGAAAGCUAAGAGGCUAAAGCGGUCUGAACCAUCACACACAGACCCUACACCUGCAAGCCCUACAGCUGCAAGCCCAGCUCAAUUGCAGCCACCUGCUGAGGUCAGUGGUGAAGUUCAAGCUGCAAGCGUUCCCAACGAAUCUAGUUCUGAUCCUGUAACCAGCAGCCAAUCAACUCUGGCGCCACCUACCAAGAGUGGACUGCGCAAUCAAGGAUCAGUGACAUCGCAUCGCCAGGUGCGUUUCAGCGAGGUUCCCCAAGUGCACAGUGAUGACGAUAGCAACCAUGACGAUAGCGAUGACAGCGGAACAAUGUCCGAUUAUCAUGAGCAGAAAGUUCAGGAAGGACUAGAAACAGUGGAGUGGACAGAGGAUGACGAUAGUGCAGAUGCUGCCGAUUCAUCUGAUGACGAAUUCCAUCAAUUCAACCCGGGAUUGUAUGAUUUGCCGGCGUGGAGCAAUAACAAGCUUGCAACUAAGCAGCCUCGGUUAAUACAUCUCCUCGCCAUCAACUAUCUGGCUUUACUCAGCUUGGCAGAGCCUCUUCUAGCUUCAGACAUGUGCAAUAUGACGAAGGAGGGGUGGUUUCCGUACUUCAACGUUGACUAUCUCUUGGAGGAGCGCAUGGUGCUAUGGAACCACCAGUAUCUUCUAUUUCGAACGACGAAAGCACCAUGCCCUAAGUCGUUGUACAUGCUGGCACACGACAUAGCAAAGGCAAUUGACUUGCCACUGCCGCCAAUUGACCUUGGAGCGAUAGCCACUCGUUUCUUGCAGACUCUCCUCCUCCCUGCUCGCUUAGCACAAUGCUUUAAUCAAUUCCUCGUGUUGGCACCAUUACCCCAGCACCCUGUCGUUUCGGGACAGACCUACCAGCGAGCUUGGCGUGACACAAACCUGGAUUUGUGCUGUAUGGCAUCGCUGAUCGUAGUCAUUAAACUGAUCUAUGGACUGGAUGAUAUUCUUGAGUGGUUUCAGGCCGAGCAUAGCCAGCCCAUCCAAUGGAAUGUGUCUACGCAGACACCCGUCAAGCCAGAACAUCGUGACAUGAUCCCGAUUUGGCAAGAUUGGCUGGCCAUGUUCUCUGAGCGCUCCAGGGGCAUUUUCUCAACGCCCAGUGCACACCAACAGAGGCUGAAUAUUCGAACUCUUAUGAACAGUGACCGAGUGGUUGAGGAGCAGCGUGGGCAGUUCCUGAUGCGACCACCAUCACUGCAUUCCAGUAAAGAUGAAUACAACCUGCGCAAAGAUAUUUGCAAGACUCAUCGGCACACAUUCUUGAAAGCGGCCACGGGCAAUGAUAGAUCUUCCUAUGCGCCAUUGGCUCCGCAGCAUCUGAACGUAAACGCAGACGCGCCAGUCAUACCGGAACGGCCACGCAAAGUACAUGCCUUUCCUCUGAAGUUUCCUCUGGGACCUAGCGAGGACAGGACUCGAACUGCCGAUGAUUCCCAUCUCAACAUGUCGACUUGUCUGAGCUCUGGGGCAAACUAUGUACGAUUGAAACCGGCAGCGCAGCUCCACUACCACCAGUCGUUUGGUUAUCUGCUUGAUAUUUGUGCCGGUAUCAUUGACUGUAAUGUGACCACGCUGAAGCGACAGGUGUUCUUGGUCGAGUCUCGCGCUCUGCGCACAGCCAGUGCGGACAACCUUCACCUCCAUUUCGAGUGAUCAUCUUCUGGUGAUGGUCGGCCUUGAUCGUGCGGAAAGUCGAUCCUAACAUAGGUACAAUGCUGUGUACAUAACUACAGUAGUUUUACAUAGGUUUGUGU